AUGAGCGGAAACCAGCGCCAAUACUCAGACUCGUGGAGGCAUAGAGGGCGGGGAAACAGAGCACGGAACGAUCUGUAUAGCCGUUACCACCGGCCUCGGGACCACAGAGAAUACAGAGAAUACCGAGAACACGAAUACCGCGACGAGUAUCGAGAGCACAAAGACCCUCGAGAUUUCAGGCCAAGAGAGAGAGAUCAUAGAGAGAGGGAAAGGGAACCUAGAGAGAGGGAACCUAGAGACCGGGAAAGAGAGAGAGAUCCUCGAGAUCGAGAGAGGGACAGAGAUAUCAGAGACAGGGACAGAGAGCCCAGAGACAGGGACAGAGAGCCCAGAGACAGGGAAAGAGAGCCCAGAGACCGCGAUAGAGAUAUCAAAGAUAGAGAGAGAGAUCUCAGAGACAAGGAGCACAAAGAUCGAGAAAGAGACAGACCGUCUGCCCGCCCCAAAGGCGCAUCACGUCAUCCAAGCAACAGCGAGAGCAGUUCUCGGACCAGUCCAUGGGUGGCCAUCAUGCGCCUUGGCGACGGCAAAUCGGCGGCUCGUGUCAAUGCGGCGGCCAACGAGCUCCACACAAUGAACCAGAAACUCAGCGAGCUUCAGGCCGAGCGGAUGAAGUUGGCCAGCUCUUUGGCCACGCUAGAAGUAUACGCCCAGCGUGAUGCUCUCAGCGUGUCUGUGUCUGCAGAGAAACUAGAUGAGUUUGUGUACAUGUGA